AUGAAUAAACAAAAAUCAUUCAAAAAACUGGGAAUUUGUGAAUGGAUUGUAAAUCACUGUGAUUCAAUUGGAGUUCGUAAACCCAGCCCAGUUCAAUCAGCCUGCAUUCCAGAAAUCCUCUCAGGCAAAGACGUUCUUGCCUGUGCCAAGACUGGAAGCGGAAAAACAGCAGCAUUUGCACUCCCAAUAAUCCAAAUCCUCGAAAAAGACCCCUAUGGAAUAUUCGCCCUCGUCCUUACCGCCUCACGUGAGCUGGCUUCCCAAAUAUGUGACCAAUUUUGUCUAAUCGGUCGACCAAUCCAUCUCAAGACUGUCUACUAUGUCGAACAACUGACUGCCCUUUCUGAGCUCCCCCAUGUGGUUGUAGCCACCCCAGGCAGACUAUCCGAUCUUUUGGAGUACAAAAGUGGGGAUUUGGCCCAAUCUUUGUCUCAAUUACGUUUUCUGGUGUUGGAUGAGGCAGAUCGUCUAUUGGAAGGAGACUUUGAGACACAACUGAGCUCAAUAAUUUCAUUUCUCCCCACCAAAAACCGACAGACGUUGAUGUUCAGUGCCACGGACAGUCCAAUCCUCAACAAACUGACUGAAUCCUCCAAUCCCUUUAAAUACAAAGAGGAGACGACCACAGUCGAUUUGUUGGACCAACGUUUUGUUUUGAUGGAAGCCGAUAAGAAGGAUUCGUACCUGCUUGUUCUUUUAGACGCCUUUCUCCGUGAAAAUCCAUCAAGUUCAAUCAUAGUAUUCACAAAUCAGUGCAAGUAG